AUGGCUAGUUUUGAUGAUAAUGCCGCCCGGGCCAAAAGGAGGAGAAUUGACGAUGAUGCGACUCCCAUUGCUUCUCCCGAAAUAACUUCUUACCAGCAAUUACGAGAUAGUUUGGGCUUCCAACAAUCCAUAACGCAGGAAACGAAGCAGGGAGUUCGCCAAUUCAAGGAUUUCCUGUCUUCAAUCCAAGGGGAUCUUCCGGAGAGUGAAAAAACGAAGAAACUUCAAAUUCUCCAAAAAUAUUGCGCCUCUCAAUAUGUUAAAAGAGGGGAUGAGAGUCCAUCUGUUUGCUUUACUGAUCUUGUUAGCACAUGGAACUUUGCAGAAAGCAACAAUGAAGAGUCACUGCUUUCGCUGAUACCAUCCGUUCUGGCUUCAUUCCUCAAGACCGUCUCAUCUCAGCUUGAGUUCCGAGAAUUUGGAAUUGAGCUGAGCAAAUAUCUGCUGCACAAGGACAAUCUUAAACUUUUCAACCGAGGACUCACUGCAAGCAAAACAAAAGAUCAUCUGAUAUCACCUUGCCUUCGACUCCUGACUGAAAUUGUGAGCUUCGACGGUGGCGCCGUUGCAAAGAUUGUCUAUUCCAAACGAGACAUCACAUUAAAGAGACUCGAUGUUUUCCUUACGGCACGUAAACUACAAGUGGAGGAACCAGCCGAAGGCCGACGUAAGCCUACACUUCGCCGUAUUGCUCAGCGUUAUCUGCUUGCGAAUUUGAGAUACCAAAGUGCUGCAGCAAAAGCCGAAAUGCUGGGACAGGGGAAGCUUGUGAAGUCAUUCAUUGAAGAUAUCAAAAGAGAUUCUGGGGAUAUAGUGGUGGACAUUAUUAGGACGCUCGACAAAUACGUUGUCUCCGAUACAGUUUUGUCCCGGAGCGUCAAAAGUCGCUUUUUAAGCCGAUGGAAUCUUGAGAGACUUGCUACGCUCUACGGCUAUGAGAGGGAUUCCGACGAAGUUCCCUCCGGUGGAGUGUCGGUUUCCGAUGAGAUUCAUAAAUUUCUACUCACGGUCUGCACAAACAUCGAAAAGGGCGUACUGCUUUCGGAGAAUGGCUGGUACUCAUCAGGAACCAGCACAGAGGCAAUAAUCAACGACAACGAAACGAUUUCUCUUGGUCUUGAUGCGCCAACUCAUUUUGAUAAGUUUAGUGAAUCGAUAUCGGUUCGCAACGGGAAUCUUUCAGUCUUAAUACAAUUCCUUCGCCCAGAAUCAGACACCCGACAGAUGCAGCUGCUCCUUAAGAUUUUUAGGGUUGCUCCUGAGCUUGUAUAUGACUACUUUUCGAAGCGUAAUAUGUUUUGCUCAGACCCAAAACCGACACAGGCUUGGCUUGGAGAGUCUGCCUUUUUGUUCUCUACAAUUCAACUGCCCGUCCCCGAAAAAUGUGGCUUCAAGGAAGGCUUACCUUCGAUGCCUCCUCUAGUAUCUGUUGCUAUUGAAAGUAUCCUCCCUCGGCCGCUUACACAAAAGAUGUUAACCCGCUGCAUCAACCAGAAUGCCGAAAUUGUUACACUAUUUGCAAUCAAGGCAACUACAGCGGCUCUUCGGAAACUCCAAAGUGUGCUGAAAAUGUUUGAGGCCACUGGGACUUCCAAUCCAGAACUAUGGAACCAGGCUUCUGUGAAACUCAUGGACGAGUUCUCCACAAGAUGCCCUACGAUGAAGGAUACCAUCCUUGCAUUCCGACAAACUCCAAAAGAUGACCUCCAACAAUUAGAUGCACUAUUAGAACUUCUUUCCUUAUUUUAUCAAGUUACCCCGACUGUUGCGUUUGAAGAGAAAUUCGACGUAUCACUCACCCUGGUAGACAUCUUGGGUCGGCUGGACAACGAUAUGUUGUCAGCAGAGGACCGCAAACUACUUUUCAGCCAGUUGCAGCAUAUUUUGACCAUUUCGCAGCACUCACCAGCAAUGCGAUGGUGGCAAAAGCCAGAAUCCCUCACUCUAUCUGCAUUUACUUCGGUUCUAAAAGUCGCCGUGGAUAAGAGAGAACACGGUGCUCAAGACAAAAUGAACACCUUGCUCCAGGAUGUCUUGACUCAGAAUUCAAUUUUGGCACAGCCCCAGUCAUUUGAGGCGCUGAUCCUUAGCAUUCAGUCGACGGAUGAGAAGACUCCAACGAUUCCUUGGUCAUUUAUCGACAAUUGUCUCACGAGGCUAGCUAAAAGGCCGGUUCCAUAUCUUGACCAAGUGAAAUCUUUACCAGGAAAAGAGCGGUCGCUGAUAAGCCCAAUCCUCGUCGUGAUCAGGGAGCAGUGGCCUUUUAUCGUUAAAGUAGACGAUGCCGAGAAUGAAACUGCAACAGCUGCCUGGAUCUCUAAAUUCUUAGGAUACCUAAAAGCAUACGGUGAAGACAAGAAAACCCUCGUUGCGGUUCGUGACACAAUGUUGGGUGAAACCAAGACGAAAAAGAGCCGGUCGUUGCUGAAGAAGGCGUUUGAUCGUAGCGUUGAAAUAACUAGACGAGAGGACACUGAAACUGAUACUCCGACGGGAGGCACUGAACCCCAUACGACUUCGUCAACCAGCCAAGAAGUAAACCUGUCUGAGGUCUUCGGGCAUAUACGGACGGGCGAUGAAUCACACUCUGGACUACAUAAAUGGGAAAGAGAAGACCUUGAACUUGCAAUAGAUCAGGGCCACAUUGGGAGCCUAAUCCUGUGCGUCUGCUCCGAGCACGAGGAAAUUCGCCGUCAGGCCCUGGCUGGUUUAUCGCGCUUCAUGGCCAAGCUGAAGGAGUCCUCAUUCGAAGAGCGUCAACCAGUCUACGUCCUGAUUGGUGAACUGUCGGAAACAGUGAAGGGAUUAGGACUUGACACGCCAGCGCCUUAUAUUGUUGGAGAGCUUGCAGUUCGGAUGCUAGCUAUACUGACAACCCCUAGUCACAAACUAUACGGGAAGGCAAAUAAAUUUCUAAACAAGGGCCCCCAGUGGGAGGUCGGGAAGAUUCCAUCCUACUGGGUUGACAAGAUACUAUACCACGAGCCUGAGAGCGACGACGGCCACCACGAGGAAGUCGCUUGGUUGUUAGAUCUGUUUGUGAACGGACUUCGGUCGGAGAUGGAUAUGAAUAUAUAUCGACGAGCCGGCGUAUUCGAGCGGCUCCUCUCUCUUUACAGUUCUCCAGCACUGACCGCAGGGCUAAGAAAGAAAAUACUGCACCUGGUAUAUCGUGUUUGUGAGAUCGGGGGCAGCACGACGUUGCUCACCCGCGCUGCUGCCCUCAGCUGGGUGCAGGGCCAAAUUGCAGUGUCGAACGCCCACAACGGCAUCCUUCGAGCCCUGGCAACAGAGCUGUACAAGACCAGUUCCCACGACUGGGUUGAUCGCUGGAGUGGCUCUGCGUUGGCAGACGCUGUACAGGCGACAGGGGGCGUCGAAUCUCUUGACGCGCUCGACUUCUUCUACUGUUCUACUUGGAGUGUGCCAUGCGGCUUGGUUGAUCAACGCACCCCCAUGGCACGCAGAUACGGACAGGAGGAGCUUUUACACCUACGGGAAUCGCCUCUAGUGGUGAAACCAGAUGGCUUGCCUCCAAUAGAAGAAUGGAUGGGACCGCUCUUAGAUACGUCUACACAAAAGAAACACGCGACCUCCAAGGAGCAAACAAACCAGACCGAGUCUACGGCUUCAGCUCGUAGACCGAGCUUUUUUGAGCCGCGUCAUAUUUCUCGCUCCUCAAAUUCAGAAGAUAUUAUAUUGGGGCCUCCAAAAACCGCAUUUGCUUCGUCGACGAGGGGCUUUGGCAAAUUUAGUGACCCUGAUAGAUAUAACAGUUUGAAAUCCCCAGAUGUCGAUGGUACCAAAUCUGACCGCUUCCCGCAUCGUGACCACAAAUUUUUGAAGGAUAAAGAUGCGGGUGAUAGAGAUAGGGAUGCAGACAAGAGGGACUCCAAAUCUCAUCUCACCAACGGUCGAAGAAACGGCCGUGAUGAUAAGGAGGAUUGGGGGGGUAGGCCAAGGCGAACAUUUGGCCAGGAAGAUAACAGUGACAGAAGGGUGAAGCGAGAUGGAGACAGAUGGGAUAGCCGGGACUUCAGAGAACAUCGUGAUCAACAAGACGCUGGAAAUGAUCGGGGUCAUCGUGGCGAGCAAGGGAAGUAUCCUAACCGCCGGGAUGCCCAGGGUAAAGGAAGACACGACCAUCCUUCCUGGUUCCGUGAUGGAGAUACCCAAGAAAAUGCUGACCACGAAGAGGAGAAAACCCCUGUAAGGAACCGGGAGUGGCGUCGAGGAGUACAAGGCCAGGAGAGAGACAGAGACUGGAACAGACCUACGAAACACGAACAAGAUCCAGAAUGGCUAGACUCGUCCAAUAAAUCAGAGCAAAAGGAGGCUCAUACUCAAGAGGAUUUCCAAAGGUGGAAGGAAAGAAUGAAGACUGGCGGCGCUCAACAGUCGGAUGAAACGAAGAAGAAAGCCUCCCCAGAAAUCACCAGUGUUGAAGCCAAACCAGCCGAAACGAGGCGAACUGAUGGAGAGAUGUUUUCGAGCCUCGAGCCAUCUUAUAAAACUGACGCGGGGUUUGAUGACUUUUUUGGACCUUGGGGAGGACCUAAACCUACCCAAGACCCAGGAGCAUAUGGUAAUGCCACCGCCGGUCCUACUAUGAGGGAAGCCCAGGCUGCAAAGCCAGCCAAGUCCUCUAGAUUUGCUGGAUUCUUCAAUGCACCGACGGAGCCAGCUAAAGAGGCAGAGUUUACAGCGCCUCAACCAGGGCGCCCAGUAUCAACGGAUGCUGAUCAGGAGGGCUUUCAGCGAAUCUUACAGCUCCUUGGGGGUAACAAGUCUAGGAACUCCACCCCUCAGGCAGAAGAUAUGAUUCGGCCAAAAGCAACACCACCGCAGCAGAGCCAACAAGACUUUAGCCAUGUACCUGUACCCACCGCCUCCCCACAUCGCGAUGUUGUUAAUCGACAGCCGUACAUGGGCUUCCCCGAGGCUCCGCGUGAACAAGUUCCUCCUGGGCUCGAGCAAUUACUCGCACAAAAGGCACCAAAAGAAUCCAAGCCUUCUCCCCAUGAUACCAAUCUCCUGCUUCGCCUAAUGCAGCAGGCAAAAAUUGGUCCAUCUCACCAGGGACAGAUGCCAUCGCAUGCACCACUGCAGAAUCCAGGUAUCCAGAACAUGCCUGAUAUGCAGCCUAGGAACCAGGAUUUGCCGAAACAGAAGAGCCCAUUGUACUUUGAUGAUCCAGCAAUCGCAAACAUGCAACGCCCUGAGGCGAACGACCCAAGAAAUCAACUGCGUCGUAGGCCAACCGGCGGUCCUGCUGGAUAUUUCGAAGAAAUGCAAUUUCAAGGCCCUUCAAGCGGAAGCCACACUCCUGCCAAUCCACCUGGCCUUCGUACGCAGUCUGCCGUUCAGCCAACGAUGGGCCUUCAACGUCCACCAGGGCUCGAGCAAGUUACUUCUCCAGGAGGAUGGCCAAACCCCCAGCAAAUGCAGCAAGGGGCAUCGGCUCAGUUUAUUGGACGUCCUGGUCCUGGAAUGCCUAAUCCACCUCCUAAUCGCAAUAUCAACCCAAAUUUCCCCCCCGUCCCGCAAAUGCCGAUGCCAGGUGGAAUGCCACCACCAAACGACCGUCAAGCCUUCCAGCGUGGCCCCGGAGGUGGUGGCCCAGCCAACUUUGGACCGCCACCCGGAAUUGUUCCACCGCCUGGAUAUGUAACCAUGAACCACCCUCCGCCAUCAGCAUUCCCACCCAUGCCUCAUAACCCCGAGGCUAUGAUGGGGCUUUCUCACGGCCACCCAGCCCACUUCGGCGCCGGACCGCAACAAGGAGUAGCUGGUCACCAACCGUCUUCCAGGCAAUUGCUUGAUAUGUUCACAGGACAUGGUGGAGGGCCAGGCGAUGGGAACAUGGGCAAUAGGGGCGGUUCAGGGAUGAUGGGACCUCCCUAUCGUUAA